GGAUGCGAGGGAAGCGCUUGCCCACAGUUUGUUUGGGUUGUGGGCGGUGCACGCGUAGCCCGGGAAAAGCGGGAAAUGGCGGCACCGAGCGCGGGGUCCCUGCCCGCCCUCCAACAGAAGGGGUUAAUGGCUGCUGACAGGGCGCGCAGGAUAUUGGGAGUGUGCGGCAUGCAUCCUGACCAUCAGGAAACUCUAAAAAAGAACCGAGUGGUGCUUGCCAAACAGCUGUUGCUGAGUGAGCUGUUAGAACAUCUUCUGGAGAAGGACAUUAUCACCUUGGAAAUGAGGGAGCUCAUCCAGGCCAAAGGGGGCAGUUUCAGCCAGAAUGUGGAACUCCUCAACUUGCUGCCCAAGAGGGGUCCCCAAGCUUUUGAUGCUUUCUGUGCGGCACUGAGGGAGACCAAGCAAGGCCACCUGGAGGAUAUGUUGCUCACAACCCUCUCUGGUCUUCAGCGUGUACUCCCACCGUUGAGCUGUGACUACGACUUGAGUCUCCCUUUCCCGGUGUGUGAGUCCUGUCCCCCUCACAAGCAGCUCCGCCUAUCGACAGAUAUUGUGGAACACUCCUUAGACAAUGGAGAUGGUCCUCCCUGCCUUCAGGUGAAGCCUUGCACUCCUGAGUUUUAUCAGACACACUGCCAGCUGGCCUAUAGGUUGCAGUCUCGGCCUCGUGGCCUGGCACUGGUGCUGAGCAAUGUGCGCUUCACUGGAGAGAAAGACCUGGAAUUUCGCUCUGGAGGGGACGUAGACCACAGUACUCUAGUCACCCUCUUCAAGCUUUUGGGCUACGACGUCCAUGUCCUACAUGACCAGACUGCACAGGAAAUGCAAGAGAAACUCCGGAAUUUUGCACGGUUACCUGCACACCGUGUCACAGACUCCUGCAUCGUGGCACUCCUCUCGCAUGGUGUAGAGGGCGCCAUCUAUGGUGUGGAUGGCAAACUGCUCCAGCUGCAAGAGGUUUUUCGGCUCUUUGACAAUGCCAACUGCCCCAGCCUACAGAACAAGCCGAAAAUGUUCUUCAUCCAGGCCUGCCGUGGAGAUGAGACUGAUCGUGGGGUUGACCAGCAGGAUGGAAAGAACCAUGCAGGAUCCCCUGGCUGCGAGGAGAGUGAUGCCGGUAAAGAAGAGUUGCUGAGGAUUAGACUGCCCACCCGCUCGGACAUGAUAUGUGGCUAUGCCUGCCUCAAAGGGACUGCUGCCAUGCGGAACACCAAACGGGGUUCCUGGUACAUUGAGGCCCUCACUCAAGUGUUCUCUGAGAGAGCCUAUGACAUGCACGUGGCCGACAUGCUGGUUAAGGUGAAUGCACUUAUCAAGGAACGUGAAGGCUAUGCCCCUGGCACAGAGUUCCACCGAUGCAAGGAGAUGUCUGAGUACUGUAGCACUCUGUGCCGUCACCUCUACCUGUUCCCAGGAUACCCUCCCAUGUGAUGCCACCUCCCCAAUUAUCCAUGCCAGAUGGAAGCCACUGGAUCACAGGAGGUGUGAUAGAGCCUUUUCUCUUCAGGAUGCACGAUUUCUGUUCUUCCCUCUCAGGGAUGUGGGAAUCUCCCAGGCUUGGUUCCUGUACCCAUCAUCUCCACCUUUGAGUGUGGGACUGCAGGCCAGCCCUUCCUCUGUGAAGCCCUUUCCCUGUAGAGCCGGCUCUUGUUGGACCUGUUGCCAGGAAGGUUUUGGCUGCAGUUAAAGAGCCUGACAAGUGACGUUGUAAACACAGUGUGUCAUGGGGAGAGGGCAUGUGGUUUUUUUCUCCGUGUUUGUGUUCACUUCCUGCCCCCAGGGCUUUUGUAGGUAGCACUUUGGUAAUUGCUUUUGUUACAUUAGUUAAGAUGUCUCAAGAUCAUCUGCUAUCUUUCCUUUCUUUCAUAUCCUCGACCCCACCUGUCCCAGAGCGAGAGUUUGGAAGGUGUCCAAAUUUAAUGUAGACAUUUUUCAUUUGGCUUUGAAGAGGCAGCCCUGACUAGAGACACACGCUGCUGCCGUGGGCGGAAGUGGCCUGUGCGUUCCCUUCAGUACUGCAGGACCACCCAAUGGAAGGACAUCCUGGCUCCUUUGGGUUGCAGCCACCCAGCCUUUUCUCAUAGGUUAGGUAUGGGUGCCUUGCAUCUGUACCUUAUCGAUCUUUGCCCGUAGAAGUCCCAAAGAUCUUUCCUUGGUCAUUCUUUCUCUGAGCUUUGUUACUGAAAUGAGCCUUGUAGGGAGUGUCACGGAAGGCCAGGUGUGCUUCCUCAGACUCUGUAACCUCGCCAUAUCUUCUUUUCCAUCCUUUGAAAUGUCUCUCUCUCUCCCUUAUUAUUCUCACUUCCAUUCAAAUCCACCUACACCACAUAUUUGGGUUUCUAGAAAAGCUUCCUAGUUGUUACCUCCCUGCUUUAUGUCUCUCCUUCUUUACCUUCAUUUCAUCCUGUUUAAUUCUGCCACCAAAUCUGUCCAAAAUACUACUUCACUGGAUCGUUUGGCCACUCCAAGAUGUAAUAUACCUAGUUCCUGCUUUCUGCUUCGGUAUUAAUCUCCCCUUUGAUUUUAUCCUUUAUUUCAGCGAGGCUGUUGCUGUACAUGUUGUUAUUCUUUCAACCUAGAAGCCUCCUUUAUUCCUGCUUAUCUGA